UGUACAGCCGAUAAUAAUUGCAUUAUCGCAGCCGAGAGAAAAAAUAAUCAACUUAUUUGCAAACGAUGUGAUGCAACCGACGAAAAGUGCUCACAAACCGAUAUGAAUAUUAACGAUCAGAAAUACAAUCAUAUCUGCGUCGAGGGCGUUAGUAGAUGUUUCAAAAAAGUCGUUAACAAAUUGGUAGUAAGAGGUUGCGCCUCUAAGAGUGAUAUCCAACAAUGUUCCAAUUCCAAAACGUGUGAAACAUGUGAUAGCGUUAACUGCAAUACUGGAAUAUUCCCCAAGGGUCGAAUCACUUGCUACCAAUGUACUGGUAGCAGCUGCGAAGAUGUUACAGCAAAUAAUAUAGUUUACAAAGUCUGUGCGAAUUACGAAGAGAACGAUCAAUGCUAUACCGUGGCUAAGAGUGAGAUCGACAUGACGCGUGGAUGCAAGUCCGAUACUAGGGAUAAUGAAUGUUUGGACGCUGCUGAAGGUUGUGUGUUUUGUUCCAACAAUAACUGUAAUAAUUUAAAGUAUAUAUAUGAUCAAGUGCUUAAGUGUCAUCAGUGCACAAGUGAUGAUAUAACUAGCGAAUGUUUUGAUAAACAAACUAGUAAAGUGUUUGAGAAAUGUAAGAGACAAAUUCGUUACAAUUUUCCCGAAUAUUGUUAUACCCAAAUCAAUGGUAAUACCAUUAAACGUGGUUGCCUUCAUGAUAAUUUGGACCUAACUCUUGACUUAUGCCAAGAUAUCGAUAGUGAUACCUGCUCGAAAUGCAACAAUCGCGAUGGUUGCAAUAGUGAGAAGGAAACAUUAGAUUUCACUUGUAUCGUAUGUCGCAGUGAUGAGAAUUUCAAGUGUUGGGAUGAGGCAAAUACCUUUAAGGGAAAACAUUGUCGUGUUAGCCCUAGUUCACCCAAAGAAGGUUGUUUUCAUGGCAUUUGGCACGGUGAUGCUAUUCGUGGUUGUAUAGUCGAUGCCAGUACACAAAAUCAAGGAAUCUGUAAAAAUGUAGAACUUAAACAGUGUAACGCUUGCUAUAAAAAGGACUGUAAUACGGCGAAAUCAUCAGAUGCUUUUCCCCACUAAAUAAAAUUUAUUAUUUUAUCUGUUCGCCACA